CGGCUGCGAACGUGGCUUGUGAUGGUACGGAGGUUCUUGGGUGUGUGGCACGUUGCUUGAACGUAAUUUCUGACGAAUUGUACUGUACUUCAUUUUCAUUUCAUUGCUUUGGCGUGUUUGACGCGGGUUUUUUACUCACAUCACUAUCUACACUAUCUGUAUAUUGCACGUGUGAACUAUUCUGGAGUCAAACUACCGGAGUAAGUGAGCACGUUUGAGGGAUCCUUUAUGCUGGUAUGUUUGAUACGCUGCUAUGUAACCAAUCUGAGUACUAGUUGUUUUGGUGAGUACGCCGUCGGCCGAGAGGACAACGGAUGGCACGCUACGAUGACCAUCGCGACUACGGUCGCGAUGAACCACGUAGCUAUGGAAGCGACAGGCAGGGUUACGGGAGUGACCACCGGGACGAGCGCGAGAGCGGAGGUGAUAGACGAAACUUCGACCGUGGUGUGAGACGGGAUCCGGUGACAUGUUUCAACUGCGGAGAACUUGGACAUUACGCAAACCAAUGUCCGCAUCCUCGCAAGCAACCAUCGACGUCGAGCCGAGCGAGAUCAAUGUCCCCGGGCCAGGCGGGUCGUGGGGACAAUCCGCGUACUACAAGUCUCGAGCCGCUGCAACCCAAAGUCGCGGAGAUCGGAAAAAGUGUUGCGGCCGUGUGUCAGUACGUUGAGUUUGAACAACAAAAGAAAGCGGCCAAGGAGAAGCGAAAAGCAGAACGCAAAGAAGCUGCUGAGCGCCUUGAAAACGAGCGAAGGGAAGCCGAGUUGAAGAAGAAACGGAAGGAGGAGAAAGCAGGACUGAACUAGACUGAAACAGUACAUGGCCUGUGGACGGCCUGGUUCCAUAGACCGAACUCGUAAAUAGUCGAACAGGCCCUGGCUGUAGGCCAGGGUAGAUAGAGGCCCGCUGCAUCCGGUCCCCUACCCCUAUGAAUAUCAGCACUCUCUGCUAAAUGACAUAUGGCGGACACCGAGUUUGCCUAGGAAGGUACAUGAGGACAAUUGGAUUGAACGCAGGACCUCAUGAGUGUCACUUAUGUGCCUUACCAACUGAGUCAGCUGGCAAGGUACGCAGGUGGCAUUCAAGAGGACUUGGGUUCAAUCCCCACUGGCCUAAAGUACCUUCCUGGGCAAGUCUGGCGCCCGUUGUCGAGCGCAUCGGCUCCCACCUUUUUUGCAAAGUGCGGGAGCCCUCCCGGCCAUGUCAUGCAGGAGUUAAACAAAACAAAAUUUAAAUC